AUGACUUGCCCCUACGCCCGAUUUCUCGAACGUGACGAAGAACCAACAGCUGCAACAGCUAAAUUAACAAUAAAUGGUUCUUCUGAUAACGAUGCACUUGCAGAAAUUUUAUCAUUGACUGGUUAUGGCACAUCAAGUUCAGUUAAACCUGAACUGAAACGUUUACCAUCAAGUGAUGAAUUAGUAACAUAUGGGAACUAUUUAAAAUUAGAUCGAUUACUUAAUUCACAAGUUUUAUUAAGUGCUCAAAAUGAUCAAAAUAAAAAUCCUGUUCAUGAUGAACAUUUAUUUAUGAUCAUUCAUCAAACUUUUGAACUUUGGUUUAAACAAAUUUUAUGGGAAAUUGAUUCUCUUCGUGAUAUAUUUGGCAAUAAAUCCAUUGAUGAAAGUCAUAUGUUUGUAUCGAUUAAUCGUCUUCAACGUUGUGUGCAAAUAUGGCGUUUACUAUGCGAUCAAAUAAUUAUAUUGGAAACGAUGACACCAUUAGAUUUUAUGGAAUUUCGUUCAUAUCUUUCACCAGCUAGUGGUUUUCAAAGUUUACAAUUUCGAUUAAUUGAGAAUAGAUUAGGUUUACCAGAAAAAUCGCGUGUUCUCUACAAUCAAAUCUCGUAUAAAAAUGCUUUUCCAAGCUCAAAUGAACAAACGGAUUUAACCAAUUCAUUAGAAGAACCAACAUUACUUGUACUUAUUGAACAAUGGCUUGAACGAACACCAGGUCUUGAAGAUUCAACUUUUAAUUUUUGGGAACGUUACAAACGAGCCGUAGCUCAAUAUAUUAACUAUCUUCAAACAAAUGCUCAGGAUGAACCAAAUCCAACAGCUCGUGAAGCAGCAUUAGAGGAUGUAAAAAAAACGGCGGAUACAUUUCGUUCGUUUAUUGAUGAAAAAUUUCAUCAACAACUCCUAGCUAGAUCAGAACGACGUAUGAGUCAUAAAGCUCUACAAGGUGCUCUGAUGAUUAUGCUCUAUAGAGAACAACCACGUUUUCAAGGUCCUUAUCAAGUUUUAUCCUUACUAAUGGAUAUUGACGCAUUAAUAACAAAAUGGCGAUACAAUCAUUUAAUACUUGUCCAACGACAAAUUGGUAAUAAACAAGGUACAGGUGGUUCAGCUGGUUAUAGUUAUUUACGAUCAACUUGCAGUGAUCGUUAUAAAGUUUUUAUUGAUUUGUUUAAUCUCGCAUCAUUUCUUAUUCCUCGUGAAUUUCUACCAAAAUUAACUACAGAAAUGAAAAUGCGUUUAGCUAUUGCUAAUAUUGAUCCUUCGAAAUUUGACAAUGAAGACGAUCAAGAUUUACAUCGAUCAAUAUCAAAAAGAAAUGGAAAAGACAAUAACGAACAUUGUUUUAUGUCGGAUCAUGAAUUUCAUCCAGUAACUGAUUAA